GCUGGGGACUGACAAAUGUCUGCAAAAUUAUCCUUUACUUUUUUGCAAGUGCAUAUUCAGACGAUUAACAUUUUGGUACCUCCGUCUCAGACUCUCAAGCAUGCAAACAUGGACUCGGUAUGCUUACACAUUUUCUGAAAUGUCACGGCAUUCGGACUAUGGUGUGCACCAGUGCCCACAUUCAUCAGAAUUGUGAAGGAGAAGGAGGUCGGCGAUUUCUCCAUUCUACCUUAUAUUGCCACAUGGGUGAACUGUGUGGUAUGGACUUACUUCGGGCUCCCGAUGGUCUCAGAUGACAACAUGACGGUUGCGACGAUCAAUGGAAUCGGUAUACUCUUCUCCACGGUUUUCAUCGUCAUAUAUCUGCUGAACUGCAAGCCAGGUAGAAGGACUAAGGUAUGGAUAUUGAUCGCCUGCUCGGUCGCAUUCGUAGUCAUUUUGAUUACUACAACGCUUGUGUUUGUGGAGAAAAGCAAACGGCCGAAUAUCGUCGGCCCUUUUGGACUCAUCUUUUCAACUGCACUUUACGUAGCACCAACAAUGAUUUUGGGACAUGUGAUUAAAACGAAGAGUGUGGAGUACAUGCCAUUCCUUCUUUCAGUGAAUGGCCUGGUCAACACAAUUGUCUGGACGGCCUACGGAAUUUAUGUCCUGGAGGUCUUCAUUCUUACUCCAAACGCCAUUGGUUUAUUCCUAUCAAUCCUCCAGCUUGUGGUGUAUGCAAUGUACAGGAACGUCCCCCCUCAGACACUCCCGGUGAGCACCGAAGGAGAAAGCCGUACUCCUUCACCACCCCAAACGGUCAAGGAGAAAGCUAUCAUGGGGCCUACACCGAGCUGUUCGGUACCUUCAGACAAAACCUUUUAAGCAAGAAUGUCAGUUUACGGUGCUUAUGUUGUGGCACCGUAUCGAGGAUUUUCGAUCCUAAUGAGGAGCCCGAUGGGAAGAAACAUCACAGACGCCACAUGGGGCGUGCGCUGAGUCGCUGAUGGAUACAACUGUUUAAGUGCCGGGCAGAGCAGAAGGGAAAAAAUGCCGGUUUACGUUGUGCACACGGCACUCUACUGCAGUUUGCAGAGCCUCAUGAGGAGGAGGCCAGAUGGGAAGACAGAUGGAGGACACAAUGUCAUGGCGAGAGAGCUGAUGGGGGCAAAUUACUGCUUCAGCGUCAGGCAGCACAAAUGGAAAUGUUGAUUUAAUAUGUACUAGCCCUUUACAUCGC